GGCUAGUUGCCGUCGUCCUCGUCGCCGUCACCGUCGCCACCGCCGCCGAUUCGCAAUCUGACUCGGCCGUUCACUCACCAGUGUUCAGCACUGCGCGUUCGGUGCUCAGUGCGGUCGAUCGAAUCGCGUUGCGGCCUGAUACUCGCACACGUGAAGAGUUCGCCGAUGUGUCGGUAAGCGUCUGAUCUACGAGGGACGUCGGUGACUCUCCGUUUCCUCGAUUGUCCGCAAAACUGUCGAUCCACGAGGAAGCAGGUGUUGCAUAAAAGGUCUACGCCGUUUGAAUGAUGAAACUACUUGCAGGCGUAGAGGAGGUUAGCGACCACUGUGAAAAAGAGUCCAAUAAUGGCCAACUGCACAACAAUAAUAGUCAUGAAAAGCAAUCUGCGACAGAAUUGGCCCAAGAAACGACCAAGCCGCUCGUCAACAAGGUAUGUAACGAUUCGACAGAUAAGAGUAAAGUUACACCAGAGGGGGAAGAAAAGUUGAGACGUUUGCUUCGGUUCGAGGAGGCACCACAAUUUCUUCAACACAAUCCGUACAUAUUGCGCGGUUACCGAGGCUGCUUGACCACCAAAUUGUGUCUUGAGAGCAUAUUUUGGUGGACGAAUGAAACUGUGAAUAUAUGGAGCCACAUUUUUGGCUGGAUGUUGUUCUUUGGUCUGACCCUAUACGAUCUCUGUCUAUUGAACAUUCACGCGCCAUUUGGUGACAAAAUUAUCGUGUCUUUGUUGCUUCUUUGCUUUCAGAUAUGUAUGAUCCUAUCGUCCGUGUAUCACACAUUCUCAUGUCGAAGUGAGAAGGAUUACUGGUGCUUCCUGUCCUUUGAUUUAUUCGGUAUUGCUUUGAGCAUGUUAUCUAUAUACAUGUCGGGGGUCUACUAUGCCUUUUGGUGUCACAAGGAGCUACAGCGGUUUUAUCUCAUAACUGUGCUCGUAAUCUUCAUUUUUGCGAUGAUACUGCAAAUACCGAGUCUGAACAUCAACAGUAACAUUAAGCUAAGUGUAUUCGUGAGCUGGGCGAUAUAUGGCGUUCUGCCAACGCUGCAUUGGACUGUUGCGAUGGGUGGCUUUGAUAAUCCAAUCGUUAGAAUGCUCAUUCCAAGGGUAAUAGGAAUGUACAUUAUUAACGCGAUCGCAUUUGCGUUCUAUAUGCUUAAGAUACCCGAACGUUUUUACCCAGGUUGGGUGGACUACGUCGGCUCGUCACAUCAAUGGUGGCACGCGCUGGUUGUGCUAGCCCUCUAUUAUUGGCACAACACUGGAAUGCUUUACGUGGAAUAUAGAAUGAAUCACGGAUGUCCGAGUAGUAUGGCAUUAUGACAUACGGAUUUCGACGACCAACCAGAAUCCGUCCUCGCCAUGGAUUGCUCCUGCAUGAUGAAGACGGGUGCUUGGUCGUCAUGGACCGCGGAACCACCGUUUUAUAGUAUCCUGAAAAAUACGUCUUGCGAGAUACAAAAUCCACUGCGUGUGUACGCGCAUCGAUAGUCAUGACACGUACAUUUUUAGGAAAUAUAUGUUGAGACGUUCUGGAAUGGAAAGAGACUCUCUGUGGAUAUAUAGUAUAAUCCACGAUGUUU